CUCAUUCCUUCCUUUGAGGUGUCGGACCGAGGGGAGACGAGGAAAACUCCCUGCAAGUCACUUUCCUCCGUCCCCGAGCUCCGUCCCACCUCCGGCUCUGCGAAAACUCCGGCGAACUCGAAAGCCUCGUCGUCCGACCGAUCCAGCGCAAAUGGAAGGCGAGGAAGGAUCGCAGCAGCCUCACCUCGUCCUCGCCCACAAGCUCUUCCUCCUCAGGCACCCGGACGUCCAGGACAUCGACAGGGUCCGCCUCGAGGAGGAGGUCCUCGCUUCCAUCGAGUCCGACGAUAUGGUCGCGCUGUACGAGGCCCUGGUGGCGGAGUCGGUCCUGGAGAUGGAUCGGGGGCUUCUGGAUUCGAUGCGCGCGCGCAUUGGGGAGGAGCUGAAGAAGCUUGAUGAGAAGAUCACUGAUGCUGAAGAAAACUUGGGGGAAAGUGAAGUUAGGGAAGCUCACUUAGCUAAAUCCCUGUUUUUCAUUCGAAUCGGUGACAAGGAGAAAGCACUGGAACAACUUAAGGUUACAGAAAGUAAAACAGUGGCUGUAGGGCAGAAAAUGGAUUUGGUCUUCUACACCCUUCAGCUGGCUUUCUUCUACAUGGAUUUUGAUCUCAUUUCCAAAAGCAUUGAUAAAGCAAAAAGCUUAUUUGAAGAGGGAGGUGAUUGGGAACGGAAAAACCGUUUGAAGGUGUACGAAGGCUUGUAUUGCAUGGCGACACGAAAUUUUAAGAAGGCUGCUAAUUUAUUUCUGGAUUCCAUUUCAACCUUCACAACUUAUGAGCUCUUCCCUUAUGACACCUUUGUAUUCUACACUGUUCUUACUGGCAUCAUGUCUUUGGAUAGAGUUUCCUUGAAGCAGAAGGUUGUGGAUGCUCCUGAGAUCUUGACGGUGAUCGGAAAAAUCCCCCAUCUUUCAGAGUUUUUGAACUCUCUUUAUGAUUGUCAAUACAAAUCCUUUUUUUGUGCUUUUGCUGGCCUGACUGAGCAAAUAAAAUUGGAUCGGUAUUUGCACCCUCAUUUUCGCUAUUACAUGAGGGAAGUCAGGACUGUCGUUUAUUCCCAGUUCCUGGAAUCCUAUAAGAGUGUUACGAUUGAAGCAAUGGCAAGAGCAUUUGGAGGAACAGUGGAUUUUAUUGAUCUAGAACUAUCUCAAUUUAUUGCUGCUGGCAAGCUUCACUGCAAAAUUGAUAAAGUUGCAGGUGUUCUCGAAACCAACCGACCAGAUGCAAAGAAUGCUCUUUACCAAGCGACCAUAAAGCAAGGAGAUUUCUUAUUAAAUCGGAUUCAGAAGCUUUCUCGUGUUAUUGAUCUGUAAGGACGGUUGUCUGCUUGUGCAGCUGAAGAGUUAUUGGACUGCUUUUUUUUGGCCGGUACGAUUUUUGGCCGUUAAAUGUCUUUCAAAGAAGCAGACGGGUAGAGGAUGGACGUGGGAAGUUUCGUGCAUGGGGACAUGAAACAUCGUUUUGGGCCCCUUACGGUUGACAAUUUCUUGAUUCCGUAUGUUUUCGAUGUUAGUCUGAAAUGAUUUGUAAGAGAAGGGGAGCGGUAUCUCAUUUAUUGAAGGACGGAAUCUGGUGCUGGAUAUAUCUUUUCCUGGCAUCACGCCUUUGGCAAUUUGUCACUUCUCCCCGGGACACACUAUUUUGGGAAGAAUCAUUUGGGAGAAGAUGCCUCUAAUGUUGGAAAGUGGACCAGCUUAACUUGUAGUGGUCAUUCUAUUUAUAUUCUAAGUGAGUUAAAGAAGAA